CUCUUAUCUCUCUCUCUCUCUCUCUAUCUAAAGGUAACAACAAAGAUGUGCGGGGGUGCGAUCAUCUCCGACUUCGUCCCCGACCACUGGAGCCGAAAACUGACGACGACCGACCUCUGGUCCGAACUCGACCCCUUCUCCUCCGAUUUUUUUGGUCUGGGUAGCCAUGGCUUCAAAGACCUCUCAUCCCAGUCCGACAACAAGAAGACCACAACUCGCAAGCCCAAACAACUCAACAAAGGGAAGAAGAGUGAGGGGGCGAAGAGUCAGACUCAGAGGACUCGGAAGAACAUAUACAGAGGAAUCAGGCAGAGGCCAUGGGGGAAAUGGGCGGCUGAGAUUCGCGACCCACAGAAGGGAGUCCGAGUCUGGCUCGGAACCUACAAUACCGCUGAGGAAGCCGCCAUAGCCUACGACGAAGCCGCUAAGCGCAUCCGCGGCGACAAAGCCAAGCUCAAUUUCGCUCAGCCACCACCAACGCCGCCGCCGGCCAAGAGGCGAUGCGUCAUCCCUGAGUCCACUCAGGUGAGCCCACUACCCACCGAGCCACCACCACCACCCCAGGUCAAUUGUCUUGAUGAAUUUGAGUUCAAAGAGCAGAUUUCUAGCUUGGAAUCGUUCCUGGGUUUGGACUCAGUGUUAACUCAGUUCGAGGGACUGGGUGAGGCCAACUCAGUUAAUCUGUGGAUGCUUGAAGAUCUUCAUCAUCAGAACCCCCUGGUGUACUAAAUAAACUACAAUUAUAAAAAAAGGCUCUGUUGCUUUGCUCUGCUGUGUUUGUAUUCAUCGUUUAGUGUUUUCUUUUCUUUUUUUUCUUUUCUUUUUUUUUAUUCAAAAUCGUUUAGUGUUUUCAACUAGUAGUAGUAUAAGUAUUACUGUUACUAUUAUUAUAUAUAUGAUGCUUUCAAUAUUAAUGCUUUCAGUGCAUAUCAUAUGAUAUAUGCAUUAUAUAUGUAUAAAUAAGCAAUCGUCCCAGUCA